AUGUCCUGUGCGCAUGUGCAGCAUCCGGGCGUUCACAUGGCACACAGCUGCUGCGUUUCCGGUGUGUUAGUGUGGCAUCCUGAAGGCACGGACGGAGGAAAGGGAAUGUUGUAGUCGUUGCUCUGGCACGUCAAUUCUCGGAGUGAGCCGAAAGAAUUCGAGUAAACGCAGCACGUAGUUGGCUCUGAGGACCGUAGGAAACGGGACGAUUCCCUCAACACUCAGUUUACUACUGGUGGAGGUGGGUGAGGAAGGGGCUCCGGUGAAUUCCUUUUAAAAAUAAUCCGCAAUACCGUAAUCCUUCACCUGCUCCUCUUUUCCUCAUCCUGUGUAAUGGUUCCACUCGGCAGAUAGGCCCAACUGACAACUCGGCAUAAUUUUCUUUGUUUUUCAGCUUCGGGAUGAACUAGCAUGAACAUGAACCAACAAAGGCACAUGGCUUCAUUGUACGGACAGCUGCAGCCUGGCUACCAGGGGUACCCACAGCCUGCCUAUGCCACCCAGUAUGCACCCUACAAUGGCCCCACCUCAGGGUACCAGCAGGGGACACUGUCUUCAGGCUAUUCUCCUCACACUACCUUUCCUUCUAAGGCUCCUGCACCAGAUGCAAAUUCUGACCUUUCCUGCCCAUCUCUGCUUGACCAGGGCUCUGUCUGCCCCCCUCCUACCUUGGGAGCUCCUGCCUCAGCCUACACCCAGUAUCCCCAGGGGAGGUUGCAGAACGGUCAUCCUGCUAUGAGCACUGAGCCACAGAGGCCUCCCAUCUCCCAGCUCUAUGUUCCUGGGACCCAGCUGGCCUACCAGCAGCCGCAGUACAGUGCUCCAUCCACAAGUGCACAGCAACUGACCAACCGCUUGUCAGGCAUGCAGAUCGGCUCUGCUGCUCCACCCCUCUCGGGUUCUAGCUACGUAAACCAACAUUGUGUGCCCUCGCCUUCACAUCCUCCUGCCUCUGCUGUCUUUACAUCAUCGGUGACGCCAACUUUCUCUCAGACCUCCUCUCCUAACGCCAGCCUGACUCAUGGACCCCCCGAGAACUACAGUGGGGCCCUGCCUCUUGUUCAGCGGAGCUUGUCCUCUUCAUCCUCGUCCUCCCAGCCCCCUGUUUCUGGGACGGCCCUCCCAUCAUUGCGGCCCCCUGUUUCUGGAACGGCCCUCCCAUCCUCGCGGCCCCCUGUUUCUGCGACGGCCCUCCCAUCCUCGCGGCCCCCUGUUUCUGUAACGGCUCCCCCAUCCGCCCAGGCUCUGUUCUCUACCGAUGCUCCUCUGCCUUCUACAGUCCCACCUCUUUUUGAGGGGCCAAUCCCCCUAAUCCAUUCGUCUUACCCUAUUAGGCUGUCUCCAGGUCCCCAAGCCCAGGUCCCCUCCAGUCCCCCUGUCCCCCAGGCCGCAUUCGGCAGUGUGCAUCCACCUCCCUCUCAGUCUCCGUUGCCGGUCUCCCUGGUCCAGCAGCGUUUCUCUGCCACCCAGCCUUCCUCAUUUCCCCCGCCUCCCCCUCCCUCAACUGGGUACCUGCCCCACACAGGCACCGUGGCCCGAAUUCCGAGCAUGCAAGUGCCCCCCCAGCUCCCCCAGCAGCCCAUGUUGGGUCCUCCCUUGUCCCAGGCCAACCACAUCCCUCCACCUCCACCUGCUCCCCUGGGUAUAUCAGGAAUAAUGCCUGGCUCACAGCCAGUACCUGGGCAGGGCUCCCCCAUGCAGCCUGCACAGCAUGGCUAUCAGUCACACCAGAACGGUGCUUUUGGGCAGAUGAAGGGACCUCAGCCUGGUUAUCCAGGCUCGUAUCCAGGGCAGGAGAACUUCAGUGGUCCUCCCUCUGCACCUGCCCCUCCCCCCUCAAAGCGACUGGACCCUGACUCCAUUCCCAGCCCGCAAGCCUCUGAACUUCCCCCUGUAUCAAAAAUGAGGCACAGGAUAGAUCCAGAUGCCAUUCCCAGCCCAAUCCAGGUGAUUGAGGAUGACAAAGCCAAUAGGAGCAGUGAGCCCUUCUCCACUGGGGUGCGGGGUCAGGUCCCCCCCCUGGUCACCACAAGUUUCCAGGUUAAAGAUCAAGGCAACGCCAGUCCACGGUACAUCCGCUGCACAGCCUACAACGUGCCCUGCACAGCUGACAUGGCCAAGCAAACCCAGGUGCCCCUCGCCGCCAUGAUCAAGCCGCUGGCCGAGCUGCCCCCAGACGAGGCCCCCCCGUACAUUGUGGACCAUGGUGAAGGCGGCCCCAUCCGCUGCAACCGCUGCAAGGCCUACAUGUGCCCCUACAUGCAGUUCAUGGAUGGUGGCCAGCGCUUUCAGUGUGCCUUCUGCAGCUGUGUGACAGAAGUGCCUUCACACUACUUCCAGCACUUGGACCACACUGGGAAGCGUGUGGACUGCUAUGAGCGGCCAGAGCUUUCCCUGGGCACCUAUGAGUUCUGUGCUUCCGUGGAGUACUGCAAGAACAGCAAGCCGCCCCAGCCGCCAGCCUACGUCUUCCUGAUAGACGUGUCAUACAGCUCUGUCAAGAGCGGCCUGGUCAGCAUCAUUUGCAAAGAGCUCAAAACUCUGCUGGACAACCUGCCCAGGGAAACCGUGGAGGGGGAGUCCAAAAUCCGAGUGGGCUUCGUCACGUAUAACAAAGUGCUGCACUUCUACAACGUGAAGAGCGUGUUGGCCCAGCCACAGAUGCUGGUUGUGUCUGAUGUGGCCGACAUGUUCGUCCCCCUGUUGGACGGCUUCCUGGUCCGAGUGGCCGAGUCCCGGACUGUCAUCCACAGUUUGCUGGACCAGAUCCCUGCAAUGUUUGCUGAUACACAGGAGACGGAGACAGUCUUCGGGCCAGUUAUCCAGGCUGGACUGGAGGCCCUUAAGGCGGCUGACUGCGCUGGGAAGCUGUUCAUCUUCCACUCAUCGCUGCCCAUGGCUACAGGCCCCGGGAAACUGAAAAACCGUGAGGACAGGAAGCUUAUUGGGACAGACAAGGAGAAGUCUCUCUUCCAGCCCCAAGUCAGUUUCUAUGGCAACCUGGCCAAGGAGUGUGUUGCGCAGGGCUGCUGCGUGGACCUCUUCCUCUUCCCAAACCAGUACGUGGAUGUGGCCACCCUGGGUGUGGUACCCUACUUUACGGGCGGAUCCCUCUACAAGUACACCUACUUCCAGCCGGCUGCCGAUCAAGAGUGCUUCCUGCAGGACCUGCGGCGGGACAUGCGCAAACACAUGGGUUUUGAUGCUGUCAUGAGGGUGCGCACCAGCACAGGUAUCCGUGCUACCGACUUCUUCGGCUCCUUCUACAUGAGCAACACCACAGAUAUAGAAUUGGCUGGCCUGGACUGCGACAAGACCAUCACUGUGGAGUUCCGGCAUGAUGACAAGUUGAACGAGGACAGCGGGGCCUUGAUACAGUGUGCUGUCCUGUACACCAGUUGCAGCGGUCAACGGCGUCUUCGGGUUCACAACUUAGCCAUUAACUGCUGUGCUCAGCUGGCCGACCUGUACCGCAACUGCGAGACUGACGCCCUCAUCAACUACUUCGCUAAGUAUGCCUAUCGCAGCAUCCUCAGUAACCCCACCAAGGUUGUAAGGGACAGCCUCAUCAACCAGUGUGCUCAGAUCCUGGCCUGCUACCGCAAGAACUGCGCCAGCCCCUCGUCGGCAGGGCAGCUGAUUCUGCCAGAGUGCAUGAAGCUGCUUCCUGUCUACCUGAACUGUGUGCUGAAGAGCGACGUGUUGUACCCUGGGGCCGAUGUUUCCCUGGACGAGCGGGCCUACCUGCGCCAGCUGAUUUCCUGCAUGGACGUGGCAGAGAGCCACGUAUUCUUCUACCCGCGCCUGCUGCCACUGCAGAAGCUGGACCUGGAGGGUGAGAACCUGCCUGUUGCAAUGAGGGACUCUGAAGAGCGUCUCUCCAAGGGGGUGGUCUACCUCCUGGAGAAUGGCUUGCAGCUUUUUAUCUGGGUGGGGGCCAGCAUCCAGCAGGAGCUGUUGCUCAGCAUCUUUGGCACCACAGCUUUUGGGCAGAUUGACCCCAACCUGACAGUGCUCCCGUUGUUGGACACUUCGUACUCCAGGAGGCUGAGGAGGAUGAUUGAAUCCAUCAGGGCCCAGCGGUCCCGGUACAUGAAGCUCAUGGUGGUGAAGCAGGAGGACAGGAUGGAGCUCAUCUUCAGGCAUUUUUUGGUGGAGGACAAGAGCAACAAUGGUGGUCUGUCUUACGUGGACUUCCUGUGUCACAUGCACAAGGAGAUCCGCCAGCUGCUGAGCUAGGAGGUGGAGCCCGGCUCACUCUCCCUCCCUAGUGAAAAGACUUUCAUCUUUUUAUUUGACCUGAUAAAUUUACUGCCCACCCAUUUCUCUUUACCAUUGUCUCCCCUGUGGUGAUAAAGAAGGCCAUGAUCUGAAAGACCAGUGCUCUUGGCUGUUGGAUGCCUCUGGUUCUCUUGGGCUGAAUGUCAUGCCAAUGGGUGUUUUUUUUAACUGCUGUUUUCGGGAGUGUGGUCAGCUGACCCGAAGCUCGCCUUGACUAUUGCUGGGGAAUAGUAAAGUUAGCUAGGGAUAAUGAUCCAGCUGGCACCAAUAGAACACUUUUUGUGCCGUUUCCAGCCCCUUGGGCCUCCAGUGGCUUGAUACUGAGCAUUGGAGGGCAGCACUUGUGUUACUCAGUGUCUUUAUGGCAAGAUAAAUUAAUUAAAAGCGCCCCCAAAGAGGUGGGGAGGUGUCACACCAUGUAGCAUGAUGUACGUGGUACGUGGAGUGUCGUGGUGUGUCACUGGGGAUGCCAGUGCAAGCCGCUUAGCUGGGGCACAGGUGCUGUCUGAUCGCUGGGCUCCGCUGAAGGCUGGUCAGCCUUGGUAAGUGGCCACCUUCACUGUCAGUGUUGGCAUGUAACUUGAUGGAUGUGUGAAAGCGACAGCAGAGGGAAGCUAAUCUGGCUGGCUGUUUAUGUUUACCACAGGCUCUGAGUCGCCAUGGUUACCACCUGCUGGGGGGCAGUUAGUGUCCUUGUUGUAGAGCAAAUCUCGUUAUAAUUGUUUUUUCUCUUCUCUCUUGCCUCAGAAAUAGUCAUUGUCACUGAAAUGUACCUACUUAUCCGUUGUCUGUGUUGCUUUGUUCUGUGUCGUUUUAAAUAACAGGUGGGUGGUGCUUGCCCUCGUGCCCUGGGCAUGGGGCGAAGCCCCCACUCCCAAGACUUUGUCUAUCUGGGACUCGCAUUCAGGAUUGGGGAUGAGUAGCUCACCUAUGAAUACGUGGGCCUGGCCCAGCUUGGCCCGGCCCUUUGCUGCUACAAAGGGGUGAGCUGCUCCUCCUGAUGUGAUGUGCAGCUGUGCCUGAGUAAUGACCGGCUAGAGUGUGGGGGGCUCUCUCUGCCCCUGGGGAAGCCCUCAGUGGGGGAGGGGUGCAUCAAGACAAAACUGUGAUCACAUCUCCAACAGGCUGCUGUAAUGCGGGGAGGGAUGCUGAUGGGGGCCUUCUGGUUGGUAGGGACUGCCAUGCUGACUCUAUGCCCCCCCCCCCCAUUACUUUUGUGGUUCUAGUAUCCCUGCUGCUGGUCUUCGUCCAGCCUCACACACCUCCCUCAGCCUCCUACUGUAUGUCAAAUCAUCCUUGCAUAACUGGCAUGAGUUUAUUUUGGGCUCGACCUUCAGACUCAUCGCUGCGCAUCUCUAGAGCCCCGGGGACCCAUUGUCGAGGGGGGAGGGGCUCGUGAUGCUGCAAAUAUUAGUCACUUAUUGUUUUUCUUGUUAUCCCUAAUGGGACAUUGUUAUGAUUCAUCUUUUCCUGCUGUACUUUAUAAUCUAUAAAUGUCUGCUGUUAAUCUGGGUAAAGGGCUCCAGUGCUGUGACUGUGUGUCGUGUGCUAUGUCUGCCGUGGCAGUCUUCAGGAGCACGCCUCCGCACCCUUUCAUGAUGUGUGUCAUUGCGCUGAACGUGGACAGACUCCGAAAGGAGCUACUACACCUCCUGUGGCCAGCCUUCUCGUGCUCAGACCUUCAGGCGUGGCCCUUUUCUCCUCACUAAUGCUAGGGGGCAAUAAAAAACAGUGGUGGGUAAGGACAGACCAGACACCUGUGGAAGAAUAACAACAAGAAGCUGUGGGUUGUCAUUAGCUAGAUGUGAUGUCUGCUUCCCCAGCCCUUUCCCAGAGCCGGUCUCCACCCACUGUGAUGCCCUUUCGCCUCCACCUCAGCCUAUGCAAUGGAGAUUCCCGAUGAGCUGGACUUAAGCAGAGACUGUUCCCUCCCCUUUUUGCAGCCUCUGCUCUAAUCCUGUUGUCUUAUUGGCUGCAACUUUGUGUCAAACCAGAGCAGACAGUGUGAGGGUGUUGCCCUGCUACCUGUCGACAGUAUGCUCAUGUCUGCAAGUCUUAAUCCUGCUAAUCACCAGCGUAGUUGUACUGAAAAAAAUGUGACCAUUUCCAAAAAAUCGUUCGCGUUCACUUGAUGGCUUCCCCCCCUUUACUUUGGUUGUAACUUUGUAAUAUGCAAAUAAACCACAUCCUUUGUCCUUG